UCCUUAGUUACGAUAUCCGGGAGCAUUGGCGUCCGUAGUUACCAAACAUGUAAACAAAACAUAAAAAAGUCGAUUUGUUUGCUAGGGUUAUCUUUAUUAUAAUGGAAAUGUCAAGGAUGAGAGGUCAUUUAGAUAACAUUUCACAAACACUAUUGAGGGAGCCAAUAAACAGCCUUGUGUCCAGCUGCAACUCUGACACGGUUGGUUCCACGAGCCCUUUUGGACCUGCUGUUUUUAAUGGCGAUGGUGCUGAAAAAAAGAUCCAGAGUGGCAACGAAGAACCUUCAAAUUUGUUCCAAUCCAGGCAGUUACGUAAAGAUCAGCACCACAGUGGCGAUGACACCGAGGAUUGCUGUCUACAGAGAGCUUUGGAGGAAAUGAGACGACUUGAUGAAAUAUUGACUUUAGAAAGCUGCAAGGAAAAAGAAAUUCGACAUGAAAGAAAAGUACUUCAAGCAAAACUCUGGCAAGACCUUCUGGACAAUUAUCAGGAACACUCUGAAUGUGCUCUUGAAGCUCUAAACACUAAACAGUUUUUGGCCUUGGAAGCACAUGCUGGGACAGAUGACUUUGUUUCUGUGUUUGAAACGGAAAUUCCAGACUGUCAGAAUGAUGGUAGAAGGCAUUACACCAAAAAAACUAAGACAAAGCCAGGCAGCUUGAACGAGCCCUUUGAAAAAUGUUCUGAGGACGUUGGAGACAGCCAGCCUAAAAACUGUCACUUUGAAGCAAGCAAGUGUAAGAACAUACAAAAAGACUUCAUCAAGAGAAACAUCAAGCUGAUAAAAGGUGAAGUUGGCCAAGACCUUUUGACUAGUGCGGAGAAAGAACGUCUGGCUGAACUUCUCCGACAAAUCGACGAAGAGGAAGAGGACAGUGCCAGAGGCGCAGAGAGUGAGGCCAUGAGUUCUGUGUCACUCCUGACAGACCAGGGUUACACCCCAGAGCCCUCUGAUCUGGAAAAGCUGCUUGACAUUGACUUCAAAGUCCACAGUCUUCUUCCUGCUGAGGAGUUUCACUCCCUGAAAAGCUCUUCUUCAGACCUGAGCAUGUCCCAGGCCAACAGCUCCAAGGCUGGCUGGAAGUGGGAUGGAGACCGGCAGCCCGGAGAAAAGGUCCUGCAGGAUAUAAAGGAGAGGAGAGAGCAGAAGAGGCGGCUCCUAGAGAUUGAACAGCAGCUGGAGACCUUGGACCGCAGCCAACAAAUGACUAAUGAGUCCCCCAGCCUUACUGAGGAGCAGCUCCUCAUGCUGCUGAACGAAUGUGAGCUGACGGAAAAUUGGAUGAAGUGCCACGAAAUUAGUCAGUAGGCCCUGACAAAGAAGAUUUUAUAUCCUGUUUUUCUAAAUGUUUCAUUUCUGUGAUUUGACUUUGAUUAAAACCUUUUUCAUUUAAUAGAUUAACCUAAAAUUGGGAGCCGGUUUAGCUUGUGCUGGUUUGCGGCGUCUCCCGUUUGUGAAACUAGGGUUCAGUUCCGGGCUGCUCCCUAUUCCCUUCUCUGCUUCUGUGCCAGUCCCAAGCCCAGCAACAUUGAGAGGGUUGCAUCAGGAAGGUCAUCCGGCGUAAAACAUUACUAAGUUAACCAUGCGACUCAUCCUCGAAGGAGGAGUUGUUUCGAUGUGGCGAUCCCUGAUGGGAAAAGCCAAAAGAGAAAGAAGAAGAUUAACCUAAAAUUGAAUAAUAUAUGUAAUGUACCUUUCCAAAAAAUGCCCUUUUCUACGCUUUUUGUUUGCAACCAAAUUCCAAACCAUAGCUUGAUGUAAUCUGUGGCACAAGCUAAAUAUUUUUUAAAGUACAUACAGUUUGUGUCAUUGAGUAGGAGAAUGGUGAAUUUCUCAAUGCCAGCCUCUGCUUUACAUGUUGGUUUUCUUCUAUGCUGUGUGGUCAGAGAUCCCAUGUUACAUAAAGAUGUUUGUUCCUUCAGUUCAUCUCCAAGAAUUCAAGUCAUUCUUGCCUUCAUAGGUGAUCUACUCAAAGGGCAGAGAUUGAUCAGACUUUGUGAAAUCUGGCCGAUGUAAUCUGUUUUCAUAUAACCGAGUGGUUUACUUUAAUAAAAGACAACAAUCUUCAGA